GCCAGCGCAACGCUAACAGCGAGCACGGCCGCGUCAGUAGGCACACCGCCCGGGCGGGCGCCACACGACCGGAGUCUGCGCACGCGUCGCGUACGAAAUAAAUUCAGUGAAAUAAACACGCAUUCGCCAACGACGUACCAUGCGAGCGCACGAUUCUGAGAAAUAAAUACGAGAAAAGUGAACGAGUCUCGAGUGCAGAGCACGAUCAAACGACAGACGCACGACGAGAGAGCGAUUGGGUUCAAAUAACCCCACGACGAAACGACUCGAGAUUGGAGCUGAAGAAACCUGAUUCCUCGGCCCCUCGAAUAACUUUAAAUCGCUCGGUGGCUGUCAGGCACUAUAAAUCCUGCACUGCUCUUGUACUUUAGUCGUAUAAAAAAAAACGAAAACUUCGAAAAAUAACACCCUCUAUCAGUGGCCACGACAGACGGGUUUAAUUGUACAUAAAAUUUAUAUAUGCAUAUAUAAAUUGGUAGAGUGAUCUCUUGUGACGUCACAAUCUAUAUUGUGAUUAUUAAUUUAUAUAAAUAAAGCUUUGUUUACUCGCAUUUUAAUUAUAUUGCCCGAUUUAGAUAGAUUUUUUAUUUAUAUUUCAAAGGUGUAUAAUUGACAAAAAAUUUAACACUAGAUAAUAUAAUAAGUUUGACAUUUUGUAAAAGCAACUUUAAUACUAGUCAUUCAUCUAGUGUAUUUAUUUUGUUAAUUCUGAUUUCUUUAAUUUUAAUUAAUAAAUUAAUUUUCUUGGAAGAUAUUAUAUGAAUGCCAGAGUGCACUAAUUACCAAAGAGAUAAAUCGUGAGUUUAAAACUGUUGAAAAGCUCAGACAAAAGAGAACAAUUAACAAUUCAAAUUUAAAAAAAGUAUUCUACAAAAUCCGGUACCAGAGUAGACAAUUCGGAGCACAGAUAUAAUAUAACUUACCAUAAUUAAAGCGGAGUUAGUGAGGGCUGAUUGUUGUGAUUAUAUUGAUACAUCGCUACCAAGCAAGAUGCAGACACAAAUUGGCGUUGGUAACGAGCUGCAGAGGAGCUACAGGAUGCAGGACUUCGCCUCGCCUGGCGUCAUCAUGCGGGAACGCAGUUUCAUACGCCCGCAGUCGCACCACAACAUGCAUCAUCAUAACCAGUUUCCAAACAAUGGGAAACGGCGGAGUAUGAUUUUAACUAAUGCUAAAGGAAAACCUACUCUGGAAAUAUACAGACCUCCAGAAGGCGUGUCGGCGACCACGGCGACGGCGACGACUGCCGGCGGUCAGAACUCGUCGGCGAACAAGCUGAACGUCCACGCGAAGGAGUUCACCAUGGCGAAGCCUGUCGACCUUCAUAAUAGGUCGGCGAUGGGGCUCGGGUACGCGAGUGUGGGGCUCCAGCACUCGCGUUCUGCAGUGCUGCACGCGCAGGUGCCGCCCCACUACCGCCCGGUGCUGCCAUCCAGCGCCAUGGUCAACACGUGCGAGCCGGCACAGCAAGCGGGUCCUCGCGUACAUUUCAAGCUACAACCGCAGAACAUGUCGGAGAAGAAGAAAUCUCCUCCUUCUUCCCUCAUCAAUGGCAACGGGAAGAGCAUUCGUCCUCAGUUGUUCACACCAGGGUUGAAGAGGUCCAAGUCUCUGACGUCUGCGGACACGUUGGCUAGCGGCAUGGCGGCAUUGGGGCUGGCGGCAGAUGCCGGCGAUUUGGGUAACUUCCCGCCUGAUAUACAGGAGUGUAUCGAUAAGGCUCUUGAAGAUCCAAACGCCGUUACAGCGCGUACUCUAAUGGACGCUGUGGGCCACCUGGUAUCCCGCGCCGUGGAAUCUCCACGUUACGCGUUACCAGCGGCCAGACGUUGUAUUGCCGUGGUGGAGCGGGAACAGACAGAGACUUUCUUGGAGUCGCUGCUGAACACGUGUCAGCAGUGGUACCAUGAUCGGGAGAAGCUGCUCGGCGCGAUAGUGGGCGGCGGGCGGCCCCGGCUCAUGGCGUUCCUGUCGUUCCUGCUGGAGAUGUACUGCCAGCUGCGGCGGCGCGCCAUCCAGCGGCGCGGCGCCGCGCAGCCCUCGCACGUGCUGCUCGCGCUCAUCUGCAAGUGCUGCGAGGACUGCAUCCGGCAGCCGGUACCCUCGGCCAGCGAUACGGAGAACUUAUUCUUCGUGCUCACCUACAUCGGUCGCGACCUAGAAUCGCAAUUGCCCGGCGAUCUCGAGCGGCUCCUGUCGUCGGUGAGAGACGCGUUCCUCAACACGAACGCGGCGCCGUCCAUCCGCCGCACCCUGCUGCAACUCAUAGAGUUACAUGCUUCGCGCUGGCAACUACCUGGAUGCGCUGUUUUGUAUUACUACCCUUCUUCUAAGUAGAACUACUCGUAACCAUUUAUAAGACUCGAGAAGCUAACUUUGUACAAGAUCCCCUUUUCAAUAUUUUACCGAUUCUGAUCGGGUCUCGGGAUCGUUGAUUAAUUUUGUUAAAAAAAUAUGGUGUUUUUCCUUUGAGAUCCUGUGGGAAACCACUUAAAUCCCAUUUAAAGGCGACUAUCAUAAAACAAUUUUAUAAACUAGGUGAAAUAACUACAUACCAGAAUAUUUAAGGACUGAAAAUGAUAAUAAUGUCGUCUAAAUACCUAGAGAGAUAUAUCAUUAAUUGUAACAAAUAAAUAUAUAUGCUUGCUUCAUUAUAAAAAAGUAUGUUAUUUACAUCCAAAACAAUUAUAUUUAUGUUGAUGUUUAUUUUAAAUGAUAGAUUUUAUGAAAUUUAAUAAGAAAUCCUACAAAUGGUUAUCUAAUAAGAAGCGCUGAUUAAGUCUAUAAUGGUAUUUUUAACACGAGAACUGUGCAACCGUGAGAAAGGGUAGUAAUGUUGUAUGUAAUAGGUGAACAGAAGGUUAUAAUUAAAUAACUAUACAAAGGUUACAAGCAUUUCUUAUGUUUUCAUUUCAAUGUCUAAACUUUGAUUUCAACUUCAUAGUACUGUGUUAAAUGUACAGAAAAGAUGUCUUACUGUCCUUAAUACGUAUUUUAGGCAUUAAGCUGCCAUAAGCUCAUUAUUGUGCCUUAGAUUUUAUUAGAUUAGAUUAAAUUUCAUACUUGUUAAGUUGUAAAAAAUUUGUCUUUAAAUGACACUUUUGCGAACUUAUGAAAUUUUGACUAAAAUUUGGUAUUAGAAAUCUAGCUUAAGGUGGAUUAAGUGGAAGCGAGAUAUGCCUUAAAAGUAUUAAAAUGUACGUGUAUCAUAUGUAGUUAGGACAAAUUAACGAUGUACAUUACUGUACGAGCUUCGCAUAGUACUUCGUGCAUUGUAUCCUUUGUCGAAUUGUCUAACUUGGUUUUGCCAUCUUUAGUAACUCCUAUUUUUUGCUUGUCAUAUAACCUAGGAUUACUUGGUACUAUUUUUGCUUUGUACAUCGGCACACCAUUAAAUAUAUUAAAAAUUUAAAUCAUAUUAAUGCACUCUGGUAUUGAGGUUAAUAAAGUUAUUUAUUUUACUAAAUAUACUUACUUAUUUACCAUCAAUCAUUGUUAAAUUGUGCGUAAUUGCAAUUUCAAUGUAUUCGUAUUGACUGAUUUGCAAAAGUGAAUUGUUUCAGUGUAAAUGCUUGUGAUAUUAUAAAUUUAAGUAAUAAUAUAUCUUCCAAUAUGUCUUUUCUGUCCUAACCAAAGACUGUACUGAUGUGGAGAUUUCAUUUAUUUAAAUUAUUAACAAAGAAAUAAUGUUCAUUUGUUGAAGCUGGACCAAAUUGUCUUGUGUAUUUUUUCAACCUCUUCAAUCUAGGGAUUGAAAUGUAUACUUGUCAGUUAAUAAUUUAAGUUCAUUUAGUAAUAGACUGUUGUGUGAUCAAUAUAUAUCAGAUUAAAAGCAUUAUUAUAUACCUAGAUGUUAGUUUUAUAUGUGGAGAAAGUUAAAAGACCAUGAACUUUUCGUUAUGCAUUCGUAGUGUAAGGUAAUGGUAUGUUUUUAUAAAAAUGUCAACAAAAUGUAAAAAAAAAUGGUGCUAACAAAAUUGGUGUAUCUGUAUAGAAUAUUAUUUUAAUCGGAUACGGGCAAUAACCUACUCGUUUCUGCUAUUAUUUUGUACCUACAUAAACCAAUAAAAUUAUAUAACUACAUAAA